CCGCCCUCAGCCGUUCUGAGCGGCUCAGAUGAGCUCCGGAUACUGAAGCGGCUCGGUGACGGUAAACAGGCCGCUGAGCGCCGCAGAGACUCCGGAGCCGCUCGGCGAUGAGCCCGCAGAAGAAGAUGAAGAAGCGGAAGGAGCUCAACGCGCUCAUCGGCCUCAGCGACAGCCGCAGGAAGAGCAAGCAGAGCGGCGGACACCGGCUGCUGAGGACCGGCACCGACACCGGCUCCGGUACCGAGAGCGAGACCGAGUCCGGGGCCGAGGAGCGGGGCUUCGGCGGCGGCCGCGGCCUUCUCGGGACGAGCUCGGUCCAGUGCUGCUCUCUCUGUUAUCCUCUGUGUGUGUUCGUGGUCCUGGCCGCGUGUGUCAUGGCCUGCGCUGGACUCAUAUGGAUGCAGAUCGCCCUCAAAGAGGACCUGGACUCCAUGAAGGAGAAGAUCCACAUCACUCAGCCUCUGGACUCUGCUGUCAAUCACCUGAAGACCAACAUCAAGUCCUCCUCAGAUCUGAUCCUGCCCGCACCAUAG